GGGCGGGUGGCGCGGACGCCGAGUGAGGGCGCAAGCGGCAGGGGCGUGAGAAGAGCGCCCCAGCCCCGGAAGGCCCAUCGGCCCCCAUCAGCUGGGAUGUUCCCCAAUGGCACCGCCUCCUCUCCUUCUUCCCCUAGCCCCAGCCCAGGAAGCUGCGGCGAAGGCGGCAGCAGGGGCGCCGGGGCCGGAGCCGCGGACGGCAUGGAGGAGCCAGGGCGAAAUGCGUCCCAGAACGGGACCUUGAGCGAGGGCCAGGGCAGCGCCAUCCUCAUCUCUUUCAUCUAUUCCGUGGUGUGCCUGGUGGGGUUGUGUGGGAACUCUAUGGUCAUCUAUGUGAUCCUGCGCUACGCCAAGAUGAAGACGGCCACCAACAUCUACAUCCUCAACCUGGCCAUCGCCGAUGAGCUGCUCAUGCUCAGCGUGCCCUUCCUCGUCACCUCCACGUUACUUCGCCACUGGCCCUUCGGCGCGCUGCUCUGCCGCCUCGUGCUCAGCGUGGACGCAGUCAACAUGUUCACCAGCAUCUACUGUCUGACGGUGCUGAGCGUGGACCGCUACGUGGCCGUGGUGCACCCCAUCAAGGCAGCACGCUACCGCCGGCCCACCGUAGCCAAGGUGGUGAAUCUGGGCGUAUGGGUGCUAUCGCUGCUUGUCAUUCUGCCCAUCGUGGUCUUCUCGCGCACGGCGGCCAACAGUGACGGCACGGUGGCCUGCAACAUGCUCAUGCCCGAGCCUGCCCAGCGCUGGCUGGUGGGCUUCGUGUUGUACACAUUUCUCAUGGGCUUCCUGCUGCCUGUCGGGGCCAUCUGUUUGUGCUACGUGCUCAUCAUCGCCAAAAUGCGCAUGGUGGCCCUCAAGGCCGGCUGGCAGCAGCGCAAGCGCUCGGAGCGCAAGAUCACUCUGAUGGUGAUGAUGGUGGUGAUGGUGUUUGUCAUCUGCUGGAUGCCUUUCUAUGUGGUGCAGCUGGUCAACGUGUUUGCAGAGCAGGACGACGCCACGGUGAGCCAGCUGUCGGUCAUACUUGGCUACGCCAACAGCUGCGCCAAUCCCAUUCUCUACGGCUUCCUUUCGGACAACUUCAAGCGCUCUUUCCAGCGCAUCCUGUGCCUCAGCUGGAUGGACAAUGCUGCCGAGGAGCCGGUCGACUACUAUGCCACCGCCCUCAAAAGUCGCGCCUACAGCGUGGAGGACUUCCAGCCCGAGAAUCUGGAGUCUGGCGGCAUGUUUCGUAAUGGCACUUGCACGUCCAGGAUCACGACUCUUUGAACUUGCCACGCCGGGGCCCUGCGCCAAGGAAGGAAGAGGAGGAGGAAAAAGGGAGGCCGGGUACGAGAGGUUGAAGUAUCCCAGGCGUCGGGGUGCGAUGCGCUUCGAGUGGAGAGACCUGGGAAAGGCGCGCGACAAAGGUGGAAUUGGGCUCUUUGUUUGUAAACUGGAAAAGCUUGCGGACUCCUUUCUCCUCUGUCUUCCACUUUCUCUCCUUCCUCCACUGCACUUAAACUUGUGUACCAUUCUCUGCUCCCCACUCUGUAACUUUGAUCUUUCCUUCAGCCCUGUCCUGCUGGUGCAGAUCUGGAACUCAUUAACGUCGCCAACUCAGCUUGUCCCUCAGCCCCGCCGGCAGUUAUUUCUGUUUGUUUAAGCUGAGCCACUGUUACCCACGCGGUUUCCCUCGGGGUGAGUCCCGAUCUCGCCCUCAGCCCCGCCCUACCGCGCUCCUCCGCACGCUAGAUUCUGUCUGGUGCCUCUAGCGGAGUGUCGAGAACCAUCGCGCUGCGCUUCCUUAGCGCAGCCCUACUUCAAGGAAAAUCAGGCUUGAGAAUGAACUCGGCAGCUGGUCUUUUCUCCUGUUCUCGGUUGAAGACGCGCCCUUCCCCGAGCCCUUCCAACCAUUUCCACUCCAUCCCAAGCGGAGCCAGGUGCUUAGUAAAAUCGGUCCCGCACCUCGAACCCCAGGCAUUCUGCAGUUCCUCAUCCAAACUCUAUAUGGAG